AUGGAAACCGAUGACGACCUGGCCAUUUACGCUCAACCUCUGAGCAGCGAUGAGGAGGAUGCGACAACCGACACCAUCAACAACGGUUCAUCAACACCCAAAGGUGACACUGCACAAAAGUCACAGUUCUCUUCCAAGAAGCGCCCCGCACCCACCAGAGCCUCUUCAAGAGCAAAGGCAAGAAAGGUCAUCCGCGAUGAACCUGAUCAACAACAGCUGGUUGUCGGUGCCGACCAGUCCCUCACAGAAUCCUUCUGGAUCCCUCCGGCAUCCCAGAAAAGAAGGCUGAACAAAGGCUAUGCUAAUCGCAAGCUCGCUUUCCAAGCACCAGAGCCUAUCCCCGAGAGACAAGAAAACGUCGCUAAGCAGCCAGGCUAUGUUUCAUAUGACCAAGUACAACUCAAAAAAGUCGCCGUGCCAGAAAAGAAAGGAUUUGUUGAUGUCGAGCCGGUCCCUGGGUUACGGCCAUCCAACAACACGUCCAAGUCCAAGCCUUCAAUGAAGAUUGCGGACCUGCCACAGAAAAAGCCUGGCUCAACAGCUGCCGGUUUUCAGAUGCCUGACCUACCAGAAUUUGUAUCUUCAUCGACCAGUGCUGAGACAGAUGUCCCGACCGUCUUUGAAACAUCCUUCUCGUUUGCAUCAGGCAGUGGUCUGCAGAGUCCCUCGACAUCCGUCUCUUCGUUGUCCUCCGCAAGGUCCAUGUCACCGAUCGACCUCGACAUUGACGUGCCAGCUCUGAGCCGCAAGUGUCCUAUUUGUAGAAAAUACGUCCAAGAUUCCAAGCGGCUGGCUGUUCCAGCAAACCUGCGGUCAUUAUCGGUGCAACAGCAAAGAUCAUUUUGCAAUGAGCACCAGCUCUGCGACGCCAGAGACGUUUGGGAAGACCGAAAAUAUCCCACGAUCGAUUGGCAAGCCCUCGAGAAGACUCGAAUACCUCGAAAACUCUCUUUUCUCAGGAGAAUAAUCGCUGGACAAACACCUAACCUCUACUUGGACGAAUUAAAAAGCCAACUCAAGAGCGCCAAAGGCAAUCGAAAAAAGUUGCAGGCAUAUUUGAAUGAAGGGAUCGUGGAUUUUGCCAAACCAGGGUAUUACGGACCCAAGGGAACGCAGCUCAUGGUCAGAGCCAUCACCGUGGCCUUGACCGACUCUUUGAAGACUGCCUUGCAGAAAGAUUCUGUCAUCCGUGGAGUUGGCAUCGGUGCUUUUGUCAGUGCCGUCCUCGUCCCAGCACUGACGCUCACGUUCGUGAUCGAAGACCUGAAUCUACAAAGCGAAGACUCUGGGCGGAAAGUCUUGGAGGAGAGCACCUCAGUCGGGGCUUUGUUGAACCCUGAUGAUGAUCAUAUCGAACGUAAUGAAGACGAUGACUGA